AUGGUUCGAUUCGAGAGUGGGAGUUUCAAUGGCCUACCUCCUCCUCGCUCCCCCAAGUUGUCGCCACAUAGUCACAUCUCACUCACUAAGCCAUCUUGGGUUGUGAGAACGGAGUCAAAUGUUAAGAAGAAGAGAAGAAAGAAGCCGGAUCCGCAUUGUGUAGUCUGUGAGGGGAGUGGACGAGUCGAUUGCCACCAGUGUCGUGGGAAGGGAAGGACAAACCAGGUUCAUUUGGAAAUGCUCCCGAAAGGUGACUGGCCAAAAUGGUGUAGAACUUGUGGCGGAAGCGGUCUUGGUUACUGCUCCCGUUGCCUUGGUACUGGAGAAUAUAGGUAUAUUAUGGGAUUCCAUUUCAUGAACAGGGACGAUGAUAAAUCCCAAGAAAACAAGUCUUAG